AAAGCCGCUAAAACCCUCUCUCUAUUCUUGUCGAUAAGCCGUCUCGAUAGAGCUGUGAGGUAUUCCUGAUGGGCGAACGGAGCACAACUGCACCCACAUCCAAACACGACCCCUAUCUAUAACACACGCUCCUUCUCCUCAUCCUCAGGCUCUUCGCCAGGAAAGUACAGCGAUCGUCGAACAUGUCGAAGUCGAAGAAGCAGUUGAUGUCUUCAGCUCCGUGGAGGGUGGAACAAGAGGCGGAGGAUGAAUUCCCAGAAGGGAAGCUUAAGGUGACGAGCCAGCCAGGGUCGACUCCAACCAUGCACGUCCCUCGCAAGAAAACCAAGCGCUCUCAGGACCAAGACGAUCAAGAUUCUCUCACGGAGAUCGAUCCUGAGCUCCGCUACAGCUUCCAGCGCAACUUUCAGUUCCUUCAACGGGUGUUCAGCAUUGAUACUGUCGUGAAACCUCUUCCUCCCGCCAUGGCAUACAAUGUCUCCCGCAACUUGAACUUCUUCACUCGUAUUUUCACACAGUUCUUUGAUCCUGAAGGUAUUGCAAAUGCGCAAAAAUCACUUGGGCUAGGACAGGAAGAAAAAGUUCGUAAAGUUCGCUGAUGCAUGUUGAGGAACAUAGAAUGGCAACACAUCUUUGUCGCGAAGUCGAUUUGCUUGCUAUCAUGGAGGAGUAUGCAGAAAGGGCAUUUCAUUUGUUGAUGCAUAUAUGGAUUAUGGAGGCACACAAUACUCGUACAAUAUCUUUCUCUCGGGUUCCAUUUUACGUACGACUGUAGCCUCAUACCACUUGAUAUGUCAUUGCUUGUGAUCAAAGAAUGAAUAUGUAUUGUAUAGGGUUAUCAACCCUUAGAAAUAACAUAUCACAUAUGAGAUCACAUCGUUUGUCAAAA